CUGAAUCUCGUACGUCAGUACGAGAGAACAACGGUCCGCUUGUCCGACUAUGAACGUUUUAAGGCACUGAUUGCCAGCGGGGACGUCGAGGGCACAGACCGCCUUGUCCGUGUCGCCAUCAAGAACCAUCGCAGCAUCUCAGAGAUAUGCAACCGCAUGAUCCGUGCGACACUGGGACUGUACAACGUCAAGAGCUUCACACGGAAGCACUAUGACCUCAUGCGUCUGACUGGCGCUCUCGGUGGACCCAAGCUGCAGUUUGCAGUGGCCGAUGCCCUUCAGCUCCCAGGAAUCUCAACGACGCGUGCACACUCACUAGUGCUGCUCAUUGAGGCAUGCCUCGGCUUCCCCAUCCUUGCCGAGUUCUUGCACAAUCUCGGGGCUCUCGACAGUGCAGGUGUCUUGUGGGAAAGCAGUUCCAAUGGGUCUCGUCAACGGCGACGUGGGUUCCAGAUAAUGGUCGACGAGCUUGCCCUCGAAGAGCGACCACGUUAUGACAGUCGGCGUGAUGCAGUCCUCGGAAUGGCUCGUGAGACAUCACAUGAAGUCGAUCUCAGUGUUCUCACCUUGGAGAACCUAGAAGCUGCAGCCGAUGCGCUUGAAGACGGGUCUAUGGCUGUUGCAAAGGAAGCGACUAUGAUGGGCCUUGCUGCAUUUGGACACGAUGACUACACUGUGUUCCCCAUCAUGAUAUCUGGGACGAACAAAACUGAGCGCGACGUCAAGCAAGCCGAAUGGAUUAAACUUGCCAUUGAUGCUUGGGAAAACGGGAAGCCCGCGCCGGACUCGAAGCAGACGUACGAGGAGCGCUACGGUGAACUCUGGUGUGUAGGUUCUGAUGGUGACGCCACACGCCGCAGGGCUCUUCAUCGUGUCUUGAUGGCCGAGAGACUGUCUGCAAACACUAUGAGCGCACUGUACCGGCUCCUCUCGCCCCUUCACCGUAUGAACCUGCAAUGCGGAAGUAAAGGGCGCACGAUGACAAUAGACUAUAAACAUAAGUUUAAGAACUUUGCGACCCUUCUCCGUGGCGCUGCAGGUGUCCUCGUUGCAGACUACCAUGUAACGCCAACACUACUCAGGCAGAAAUUCACGGCUGUCCUGGGAUACAAGGACUCGAAGCUUACCUCGCUCUUCGAUCACAAAGAUCACCAAAAUGUUCCGGUCGCUGUUGCGUUGCUCCAAUCGCUCAAGAGCCUUGCGAAAGCAGACAACUUUGCCAGAGAAGCUGAGAAUCGUCCGCUCGUUUUGCUUGGGAUGUUUGCGGGCUACCUUGUCGAACCAUUCAUAACACCAACCUUGUCAUUGUCAGAACAAUUGACGAAGCUCUCAGCAGCUGCGCACUUACUCUGCCUGCUCUAUCGGCGUAACCGGACUGCGUUCUGCCCCGGGCAGUGGUACUAUGAUGUCCAGACUUUCAUCAAGAAUAUAUUCUGGACGACGGCCAGGAUGAAGCUCCUUUGUCCUGGAGAUCGCUACUACAUAACUCAAGAUGGCACCGAUCGUCUCGAGGGGAACUUUGGGACAUACCGGGACAUGUACAGCUCACACAAUGUCGAUAUUCUCCAGCUGUCACAGCGUGCUGCAACUGCGGCUGACAUCUGCCAGAUCUUCGCACAGCAUCCGUCCUGGAACCGAGGACAUCGCCGCCUACGUCUUGAAGGUGCCGAGGGUGUGGACCACACAAACCCGAAGUCAUGGAAGGGCGAUGUACGGGUGGAGCUAGUUAGCCUGCAAACCGUAUGGAACACUGGUCUGCGGGAGGUUAUGAAGUUGUUGAACCAAACAAAAAUUGACCUAGGACAAUUGCCGGAUGAUAUUGAUCUCCUCCGGCCGUUCGGGAAGGACUACGUUGGACUCAACGAAGAUUUUGACUUGGAUGCUCCAGCUCUCCAUGCUGGAAACCUGGAACACCCUAGUGACGAACCGUCAGGACCCAAGCCACACGACCUCCCGCAUGCAAAUGAGGAUACCUGUCGCGUCGAGCUUGAUGACUUGCUCCCGGAAGUUGGUGACCGCGACCUAGACACAGCUCGCAAAUGCGACAAGCAGUGGCUCAAUGUCGACGGUGUUGAUGUUCACAAGUCCGCGGCCGUCCGUUACUUCCUCAUUCUCGCGCGCACCACCACCUCCCGAAGAUGACUCCGACUCCAUCGUUGGUGAUCGCUUUGUCAUGGGCGAGUUUGUCGCUACCUUCAUCCGUAUCCGGAAUACAGCUGCGCUGGCGAUCCUCCGUGUCAGCGACCUGAAGAUGGCUAAUGGUACAUCGGUGGAGUCUGUAGCGAUGCGCGAGAUCAGCAACCC